AGGCGUGGUCGCCCGUUCGUUAGGAGGAACACCGCAGUAUAUUCGAGUCGGGCAAGACGUACGCGUCGUUUUCCACGGUAUCGUUUGUCAACCUUUGUACGAGACAGUGUUGGUGCGCGCGUACUAGAGGUCGUUUAACUUUUUCUUCGCUCGCAUCGGUUCUUCUUGCUCGCUCCGACGAUCAGUGGAACACGGGGCUCGAUAAAGUUUUCUUCUCUCGAGAAAAGGGAGACGAGAGCUAGAUACAAUGAAACAAUGCACAGAAAAGUGAGAGUGAACGCGGCCACGUUCGGCCGGUUUGCCGACAGCGUGAAUCACCAACAGCAACACCGGCGAGCCCACGCAUAGUGCUAACCGACCGAUUUCUCUCUUUCUCUUCCCUCUUUUGCUCGUUUUCUUGGCCACCCUCCUCCGUUACGCACGCACACGCUCGGCGUGUCUCCCUUCCGAGGCCGGGAGAGCCACUCGUUUACACGCGUAUACGUAAAUUUUCCUCGCUCGAGCGUGACAGAUAACGCAUAGCGGACGUUACAGUGAGUACACGAUUGUUUUCACGAUCAAAUUCGCGCGUACAUGAAUUCCGCGUUACAAUUGUAACAGUAUCCGCGAAGUGUACGACCGUGAUACGGUUUCUGUUGAUCCUCUGUGGCGGAGGCGUUUCCAAGGGCACAUGCUGGCCAAAUCGCCAUUCAAACAUCCGAGUUUCCACUCGAAACCCAUUGUUUUCGCGUUGAAAAGAAUUCUUAUUUCUAGACGAGGACGAACGAGAGUUUAAUACCCCGAUUCUGGCCCUUUGUGCCGCAGCUUCCUGCGAUAAAACUAAUCGUUUGCGGGAGACCGCGAUCUAAGACCUUUUUAAUUCGUUCUUAAAGUUCGUUUUUUCGGAACUUGAUACCGUCUUUUGUUCUCCCUUGAAAACGCCUCGAAUUACACGUUUUAUAGCCGAAGCGUAAAGCAACAGUUUCUCGAGAAGAUAUCGAGUCAAAGAGGCAGCUGCACACGAUAUCAUUUCCUUCCUUCAUUCGCGAAAUAUAUAAUUUGGAUAAUAUCCGUGCAUCGUUUUGAUGAAUUCACGAUUCUUCAACGAACAAAGGCAACUAGCAUGAUUUAAUUUCCCGUUAUCGGUUUGCACGAUAGAAGAUCAGAGCUAGGACCGUACAGCGCAAGGAGAUAGAAAGAGAAAGAGAAAGAAUCGUGUUGAAUCAGUAAAAUGUCGACGGAGAAUCAGAACGGUUCUACUGGGGCGCAGAGCAACGGAAUAAAGACUUCGAUCGGGCUGUCGUCGUCGGCGAGGAACGUCCCGAACAAUUCCUCGUUUCUGUACAGCAGCAACUCGAUGCUUAACCGUGAGAAACCGCGUCAAGUGCCGCCGCCGACCCUGCCGAAAUACACGACCAGCUUCAACGCGGGUUCGAACGGCAGCGGCACGGCCGAACGGUUGUCUAGAGACCGCGAGGGCGGUGGUAGUUACAGACUGGCAAGUCUCGACAGGCUUGCCCUGAGGCAGAGGAUACUCGACGGGGAAAAGGCGAACGGUGAUACUACUUCGAUACAGGCGAAGCGCGAGCUGUUCUUCAAAGGCGGCGACAACACCCCAAUAAUAUCCUCGCCGUCGGUGCCGUCGGUGCCGCCCCCGCAACCUCCGUCGCAGGCCCCAGUGUGCACGUCGUCGACGACGAUCACGACGACGACGACCCUCGCCUCGCCGAACACGGUGCCGGCGUCCUCGGCCGUAUACACCAGCGUCACGUCCACGGCGCCUACCUCGAAGCCGCGUUUACCUCCGUCCACGGUGAUACUGAAUCAAAACGAUGCAUCAGAGGACAGCAAUAAACGGGAGUCGAACAGGAGUACGGAGAACAGCAAAGAGGCCGCCAUCCUCCAUCACCCGCGACCGACGCCAUCGACCAAGCCGAAGGAGCUCGACGGCUACGUGGGAUUCGCCAACCUCCCCAAUCAGGUCUACCGAAAGGCUGUCAAGAAGGGAUUCGACUUUACUCUGAUGGUCGUCGGUGAGUCGGGGCUAGGAAAAUCGACGUUGAUCAAUUCAAUGUUCCUCGCCGACAUAUACAGCGCCGAGUACCCUGGUCCUAGCCUUAGGGUCAAGAAAACCGUAGCCGUAGAGACUAGCAAAGUAUUGUUAAAGGAGAACGGCGUGAACCUCACGCUUACCGUCGUCGAUACGCCCGGAUUCGGCGACGCGGUCGACAACAGCAAUUGCUGGGUACCAGUGAUUGAAUAUAUCGAAUCAAAAUACGAGGAGUUCCUGAACGCGGAGUCUCGCGUGGUGAGACAGCAGAUACCAGACAGUCGAGUGCACUGCUGCCUCUACUUCGUCGCGCCCUCCGGCCACGGCUUGAAGCCUUUGGACGUCGAGUUCAUGCAACGUCUCCACGACAAAGUUAAUAUCAUACCCGUGAUCGCGAAGGCAGAUACCAUGACGCCGGAUGAGUGCGCUCACUUCAAGAAACAGAUUCUGAACGAGAUCGCGCAGCACAAGAUAAAAAUUUACGAGUUUCCGGAGGUGGAGGAGGAAGAGGAGAACAAAAUGCACAAAGUACUCAGAGACCGAGUGCCGUUCGCGGUAGUUGGCGCGAAUACCGUGGUCGAACACGACGGCAGGAAAGUCCGCGGAAGGAAGUAUCCCUGGGGAAUCGCAGAAGUGGAGAAUCUGGAGCAUUGCGACUUCAUCGCGCUGCGGAACAUGGUGAUCAGAACGCACUUGCAAGACUUGAAAGACGUGACGAACAACGUGCAUUACGAGAAUUUUAGAUGCCGCACGUUGGCCGGCGUUGGAGUGGACGGAAAACCGACCAAGGUGUCCAACAAUUUGUGCCCACCAGGAGUGAUGAACAGUUUCAUGACAGUGUGGAAUCCUCUCGCUCAGUUGGAAGAGGAAAAGAGAGAACAUGAUAACAAAAUGAAGAAGAUGGAGAUCGACAUGGAGCAGGUGUUCGAAAUGAAAGUCAGGGAAAAGAGGCAAAGACUUAAAGAUUCGGAAGCGGACUUGCAGAGAAGGCACGAACAGACGCGUCGUUCUUUCGAACAACAAGUGCGCGAGCUGGAAGAAAAGAGACGAGCGUUCGAGGCCGAGAAAUUGGCAUGGGAGCAACAGACUGGACAGAGUAUCGAAGAGUUGCGUAGGCGCAGUCUGGAGGCGAACUCAAAAGAGACGGGAUCAGUGUCUUCCGAGGGAUCUGGCGGUGGCGGGGGUACAUUGAGGGGUUCCCGAGGGAUAGGAAGUCUCCUACGCCGUCACACCAGUUUCAAAUCACCUCAAGACAGCCCUACACAGAUACAGCUUGUCAUACAACAUCCCGAGCAUCCUUAGUAGAUCGUAGAGUCUCUCUACAUUUACUUUUCAAAAUAUGAAACACCUCUGCGUUCGCCGCGCUGCGCGUCCAAAUCGUUGAACCUUCUUCUUUUUUAUACGUACAGAGACGUUUUUCUUUUUACUAUAUAUAUACACAGAUAUGUAUAUGUAUCCUUUUCUUUCUAUUUUUGAUUAUCUUUAUAUUAUAGUAACGAAUAAGAGCUAAUUUAUAUUAUAAAUUCGAAAUGACGAUUUGAUUAUCAAAAUGGAUUUUAUGUUGCGCCCGAGAGAGUUAAAUCUUAAAGUUAGGACGAAGGAACAGGGGUCGAAAAUAUCCAUAUCGAAAUGAAUCUCGAUAGUAAUCGUAUGUUAGCUCUAUGGAUAAAUAUAUAUUUAGAGUGGCAUAUUUUUGGCACAAAGUUUGUGAUAAACUUUAUGUAAGAGACGCAAAAGUAUCUUUAUAUUCGUAUAUGAAUGUCACCGUUUUAUAUUCACAUGCGCCACACCCGUACACACGAAUCUAUCUUGUACGAAAUCAUUUAUAACGUUCUCACAUUCGUAGAAAGUAUUAGGGAAGUCUAUUGUAAACUCUGACCAAGCUGUCCGUGUUUGCUUUUCAUUAUACUUAUUAUUUCGGUUUCAUUAAUACUACAUUCCAGUUCGCAUGAACAAUUCCCUCUGCGUUUCGUUUCAGCGAUUCGAAUCCGAUCCAAAGAGGUUGAGAGACAGCUUGAUAAAGGGUAUAAUACACGACAGAUAAUAAUUAACAAACAAUUAUUAUUAUACAGUACAUUGUGUUAAUUUCAUCGUUGACUCUUAUUUCGCAAAUAAACGUAAUGCUUUCAUAAAAUAUUUACUAACCAUUUUCGUCGCCCUCAUGUUACUUAAGCCUUACCAAUUACGUAAUGCGUAAGAGGAACAUCAGUCUGCUUAAUUGUAAAACACGUUUCAAUAUUUUUUGUAUCGUUCUGUGGUUUCAAGCUAAUUUUUGUAAUCGUCCUGCGGCGGACAAACGUGUCGAUAUAAAAGUAAUUGUUGCGUGCGAUACAUCUCCUGUGCAUUGCUUUAGCAAUUGGUCAACUGUCGUUAAUCGAAAAGCCUUAUUGCAAUAAAUGACGAAUGUGAAACAUGAAAAAGAUAUAAAAUGUUCACUGCAUUGACAAAACUGAGGAAAAUACGAUACAUUACUCGCAGGCAUGUGGCCGUGAAAGUGCACAUUUCUCGAAGCAUGAUUUUGGCAUGACUAGAUCACACACAUUUUGUUGUAUUUACAUAUUUAGCUAUGUUUAGAAAAAUCGAUGUACAAGGAUUCAACUUCAUGUAACAAUGAUUAAUUAUUAAGUGAUCGAAUGAUGAGAACACUUGUAAUAGGAAAAUCGUGAAAAAUUGUUUAUAAAAAUACGAGCGCGCAAAAGAUCUAAGACAGUAACUAAUUACAACUCAUAUUACAUUAACAUCGUAAGUUUACGCUAUCGCUACUGAUCGUAAUCGAAUUAUUCAUUUGUACUGAGACUGUAAUUCUUUUCAGGGCUGUCGACGGUAAGGAUAAGAAGAAUAAGAGGAAAGGAAUCUUCUAAGUCUACUCCGAAAAGGCAACGCGAAGAGUGACUUUUGUUAAAGUAAUCAACAAUUUUUCUUAAAACGGAUCAUAUCGAUAACGUGAUCUCUUUAAGAGAAAUUUCAUUGAUAUUAAAAUACUUCCUCUGAACUAUCCGAAACUGAAUUAAUCUCGACCGUUCCAUCGAUGAGAUUCGAGACGUAUUUUAUACGUUUUUCAUCAUUUAAGAUCCAAUCUUGUUCAUAGUUCGGGGUCGGUCAAUGAAUUAAAAGACAAGGAAAAAAAAAUAUGUGUCGCUUAAAUCGUGCAGUUGUCGUGUACGCUCCGUAUAUCGCUCUGGGUUUAUACCGAUUUCCUCGUUUCGCAAGCAUGCACAGAAUCGUUGUGCUUUCAAGAGUGAAAAAUGGAAGAGUGUGUUUCUCCUGUCGUGUUCCGCCUGUACUUUUUGCGCUUCCUAUUAUUAAUAUUCAACAGAGAACACGUACCCUAGCAUAAUUUCUCUUACGAUAGAUAAUGUACAAAAUGUAGAGAUAAUUUCAAAGGACGUAACUUUUGUUUUAGCAAUAAUGACAAAAGGCGAUCCGCGAACGUGUGCAAGUAUUAAUACCCUUGUGAGAUCGAAUGUAUCAUACGUAAUCGGAGUAAAAUAAAUUCGAUCGAUCAUGAAUGCGAGAGUCGUCGCAGGAUGAAACUUCUUUCGAUCAGAGAGAUUAAUUGAAAAAAUCGAAACGUGCGAUACACCAUUGACACGAUGUUCUCUCUAUGUCUAGAGAUAGCAAUAAAUCGUAUCAAUGUUCGAGAGAUUAAACGUAAUAUUUCCAUAAACAGCACUCGUCGACGAGGAAGAAAUUGUAUAAAUAAUCGUUUCACAUUAAUUAAUUUAAGCGACAACGUUUUUUAAUGAAUGAUCAAAAGGGAAACUUAAGAAUUAAUAAGAAGAGUAUUGCUGAUGAUUAGUCUAUGCAUUGGAAUCAAUUUGCGACGGAUGAUUAAAUGUGAUUUUUAAUGAAGCAGUGGCCAUAUAUAUAUAUACAUAUACAUAUACAUAUAUUUAUGUAUAAAUAAAAUCAAGGAUGUAAGUCCAAUUCGUGUAAAUGUAAGUUUUAUUAAUAACGAGGCAAAUCGACUAAGAUAAGAGUAAAUUGUAUAAAAAUAAAUUGAAGUAAUGUGUUGGAUCGUCGCGAUUCGAGACAGUGCGCUUUGCAAUCGGAAAGAUACGUAGAAGCGAUCGUGAAAUGAAUCGCCCCGUCUCGAACCCGUCCAAGUAUGCACAUUAAUAUUCUUAACAAGAAUGGGCAAACGAUUUAACGAUAUGUUCCUCGAACUGUUUCGCACACACCAACACACAUACACUGUCAAUUGCAUUUCCUUCCCUACCUAUCUCUUUUUUAACAGAUAGUCGAAGAAAGUCUGCCCAAUCUUGUCCUCGUAUUUUCUAAGCUAAUUGAAUUACUAGUGUGCCAAGACGAAGAGGAUGAGCAUUUUAUAACUUCAGUUACUGUAAAAUAAGAUUCGCGCGAUCUUUCGCGAAACAUGGAGACUCACGGUCUCGGCUCAUUGGAAGAGAAUCACGUGUUACAUUCCUAUUUUAUACGCAUUUUUCUAGGUAAAAGGAAUCAAUUUCAUCGACUCGAUCAUUGUUCAUCGCCGACAAUCCAUUUGGAAGCUCAACACGAUCGCUUUUUCGCAUUAAUGACUAACGCCGACAAUUCGAAAAGCGUAUUUCAAAGAUACUGAUAACGUAACUUUAAGAUAUGCUAGAGCAAUUUGUACUUGAAACAUAGGAAGAUGCUUUUCGAGGGUAUUCUAAAUAAAAUCGUUCGAGGAGAAAAACGACGGCAGAGAGACAACAAUGAGCGUGUAUAGUUUUUAAAUAUCGAACGAUUCGCACUUUUUUGCACCGAUAUUGUUAAGCCUGAACAUUGCGCAAGACGUUCGUACAUACAACAUCUACCGAGCUAUAAUAUUUUUGUCGAAAGAUACGUUCUCUUUUUCAUUCCCAACUUUGACUUUUGUACAAAUUCCACUGAGAUUUCGAGGCUCGUACGUUCGAAGUACAAAGGUAUUAUAGCGAAACAGUUUUCGGGAUCGUGUGAAUUCAACUGUAAUCGCCACGUUGUACAUUCGGUUUUUAGUAUAACGUAUAGGAACGUGUAAUCGAGUACUUAAAAGAUGACGGGGAUCGCGUUUCGUGUUUGUAACGAAUUUGCCCGAAACGAUUAAAAACAAACGCGCUUCCUUGGAUAACGAAGGGAGUCGGCCGUUGGCUCGUUUCAGUUUCAGUGUAUCGUAUCGCGCGUAAGUAGUUGUAAGAUAUCAGAAUCGGCGAAACAGAGAAGUGUACCGACUACCACAUAUACAUAUACAUAUAUAUAUAUGUAUGUAUGUGUAUUUUACUCAGCAAUGCUUAUGAUAUUUAAAUAGUUAAUUGAUUGUUACGAAUCGUGUGAAUUGUCAUAUGAAUACCGCGUGUUUCGCGAGCCUGCAACGAUGCAAGGGAAAAGGACGAGGAGGGAGGCGAGAAAUUAGGUAAUGAAUAAAACGAUAACUAUAUUUUGCCGUGCCAGACGAAAACGAAGCUGCCGCCGCUAUCUUGUAGAGCACACGUUGUAUCAAUAAUUGAUAUCCAUCAAGCCACGAUUAAUACAUUAUUAUCAUUAUAAUUUAGGGUUAUGUAUUCAGUAAAUUAUAUACAAAAUCA